AUGGGAGAUGCUGCAAUGGAGGAGUUUGGGGCUGCUGCUCCCUAUCUUAGGAAGUCAGACAAGGAGCGUCUGGAGGCCCAGACACGUCCCUUUGACAUGAAGAAAGAAUGCUUUGUCCCUCACCCUGAAGUUGAGUAUGUCAAGGCCUCCGUUAUCAGCAGAGAUGGUGACAAAGUUACUGUUGACACUGAUCAAGGAAAGACCGUGACUGUAAAGGAGGCUGAUGUUCAUCCUCAAAAUCCACCAAAGUUUGAUAAAAUUGAGGAUAUGGCAAUGUUCACCUUCCUACACGAGCCUGCUGUGCUGUUUAACCUCAAAGAGCGUUAUGCAGCCUGGAUGAUCUAUACCUACUCUGGGCUCUUCUGUGUAACUGUCAACCCCUACAAGUGGCUGCCAGUGUACAACAAAGAAGUUGUCAUUGCCUACAGGGGCAAGAAGAGAACUGAAGCUCCUCCUCACAUCUUCUCCAUCUCUGAUAAUGCUUACCAGUAUAUGCUGUCAGACAGAGAAAACCAAUCUGUCCUUAUCACUGGAGAAUCUGGUGCUGGGAAGACUGUGAACACCAAAAGAGUGAUUCAGUACUUUGCCAGUAUAGCAGCAACAUCUGGCAAGAAAGAUCCAUCUAUGGAGAAAAAGGGAACUCUGGAGGAUCAAAUCAUUCAGUGUAACCCUGCCUUGGAGGCUUUUGGUAAUGCCAAGACCAUCAGAAAUGACAACUCAUCUAGAUUUGGUAAAUUCAUUCGCAUCCACUUUGGUGUCAGUGGAAAACUGGCCUCUGCUGACAUUGAAACUUAUCUCCUGGAAAAGUCUCGUGUCACCUUUCAGCUGAAAGCUGAGAGGGACUACCACAUCUUCUACCAAAUACUUUCUCAGAGGAAACCGGAAUUGCUGGAAAUGUUGCUCAUCACUAGCAACCCCUACGACUACGCCUACAUCUCCCAAGGAGAGACACAAGUGGCUUCCAUUAAUGAUGCAGAUGAGCUAACAGCUACUGAUGAAGCCUUUGAUGUGCUUGGCUUCACCCAAGAGGAGAAGAAUGGUAUCUACAAGCUGAUUGGUGCCAUCAUGCACUUUGGGAACAUGAAGUUCAAGCAGAAGCAGAGAGAGGAGCAGGCUGAGGCUGAUGGCACUGAAGAUGCAGAUAAAGUUGCAUAUCUGAUGGGCCUAAACUCUGCUGAUCUGAUUAAGGGUUUGUGUCACCCAAGAGUCAAAGUAGGAAAUGAGUGGGUCACUAAGGGGCAAAAUGUUCAGCAGGUAUACUACGCAAUUGGUGCUCUGUCAAAAUCAGUAUACGAGAAAAUGUUCCUUUGGAUGGUUGUAAGAAUUAAUCAAUCUCUGGACACCAAGCAGCCUCGGCAGUAUUUCAUUGGAGUACUGGAUAUUGCUGGCUUUGAAAUCUUUGAUUUCAAUACGUUUGAGCAGCUGUGCAUCAACUUCACUAAUGAGAAGUUGCAGCAGUUCUUCAACCACCACAUGUUUGUUUUGGAGCAAGAAGAGUACAAAAAGGAGGGUAUUGAAUGGGAAUUCAUUGACUUCGGUAUGGACUUGCAGGCUUGCAUUGAGCUUAUAGAAAAGCCCAUGGGUAUUAUGUCCAUCCUUGAAGAGGAGUGCAUGUUCCCCAAGGCCAGUGAUGCAACAUUUAAAGCUAAGCUUUAUGACAAUCACUUGGGCAAAAAUCCUAACUUCCAAAAACCCAGGAUUGUAAAGGGUAAACCAGAGGCUCAUUUUGCCCUGGUUCACUAUGCUGGCACAGUUGACUACAACAUCAACAACUGGCUGGUGAAGAAUAAGGAUCCCCUCAAUGAAACUGUGGUAGGACUUUUCCAGAAGUCCACAGUGAAGCUGCUGGGUCAACUGUUUGCUGGCUAUGCUGGUGCUGAGUCAGCUAUGGAAUCUGGAGGUGGUAAGGGUGGCAAAGGUGGUGGCAAAAAAAAGGGUUCUUCAUUCCAGACCGUGUCUGCACUCCACAGGGAGAAUCUGAACAAGCUGAUGACCAACCUGAAGUCCACACACCCACACUUUGUCCGCUGCCUCAUCCCAAAUGAAACCAAGACUCCUGGGGUCAUGGACAAUGCUCUUGUCAUGCAUCAGCUGCGCUGUAAUGGUGUGCUGGAGGGAAUCAGAAUCUGUAGAAAGGGCUUCCCCAACAGGGUCCUCUAUGGAGAUUUCAAACAACGAUACCGUAUCCUGAAUCCUGCUGCUAUACCUGAGGGACAAUUCAUUGAUAACAAGAAGGGUGCAGAGAAGUUACUUGGCUCUCUCGAUAUUGACCACAGCCAGUAUAAAUUGGGACACACUAAGGUGUUCUUCAAGGCUGGUCUUCUAGGUCAGCUUGAGGAAAUGCGAGAUGAUCGUCUUGCCCUCAUCAUAACUGGUAUUCAGGCCAGAGCACGUGGUCUUCUUUCAAGAAUUGAAUUUCAGAAGAUUGUAGAAAGGAGGGAUUCCUUGUUGGUCAUCCAAUGGAAUGUACGUGCUUUCAUGGGUGUCAAGAACUGGCCUUGGAUGAAGCUCUAUUUCAAGAUAAAACCCCUGCUGAAAUCAGCUGAGGCAGAAAAAGAAAUGGCCAACAUGAAGGAAGAAUUCACAAAAUUAAAGGAGGCCUAUGCUAAAUCUGAAGCCCGCAAAAAGGAAUUAGAAGAGAAAAUGGUCACUCUUCUCCAAGAGAAGAAUGAUUUGCAGCUCCAAGUCCAAUCUGAGCAAGAUAAUCUUGCAGAUGCUGAAGAGCGAUGUGAGGGUCUAAUAAAGAACAAGAUCCAACUUGAAGCUAAAUGUAAAGAGCUAACAGAGAGAUUGGAUGAUGAAGAAGAAAUGAAUGCUGAGUUGGUUGCAAAGAAACGAAAACUUGAGGAUGAAUGUUCUGAGCUUAAGAAAGACAUUGAUGACCUGGAGCUAACUCUGGCAAAAGUGGAGAAAGAAAAACAUGCUACUGAGAACAAGGUUAAAAACCUGACAGAGGAGAUGGCAGCCCUGGAUGAAAUAAUUGCUAAGCUGACCAAAGAGAAAAAAGCUCUGCAGGAAGCUCACCAACAAACACUUGAUGACCUCCAGAGUGAAGAGGACAAAGUCAACACCCUGACCAAGGCCAAAGCUAAAUUGGAGCAGCAAGUUGAUGAUCUUGAGGGCUCCCUUGAACAAGAGAAAAAAAUACGAAUGGAUCUUGAGCGAGCUAAGAGAAAGCUUGAGGGUGACUUGAAGUUGACCCAAGAAAAUGUCAUGGACUUGGAAAAUGAUAAGCAGCAGCUGGAAGAGAGGCUGAAGAAAAAAGACUUUGAGAUCAGCCAGCUUAAUAGCAAGAUUGAGGAUGAACAAGCAUUGGGAGCCCAACUUCAGAAGAAACUAAAGGAGUUGCAGGCCCGUAUUGAGGAGCUUGAGGAAGAACUGGAGGCUGAGAGAGCUGCACGUGCUAAGGUUGAAAAACAGAGGGCAGAUUUGGCCAGAGAACUGGAAGAGAUCAGUGAGAGACUGGAGGAGGCUGGUGGUGCCACUUCUGCACAGAUAGAAAUGAACAAGAAGAGAGAAGCUGAAUUCCAGAAACUGCGCAGAGAUCUUGAAGAGGCCACCUUGCAACAUGAGGCUACUGCUGCAACUCUGAGGAAGAAACAUGCUGACAGUGUGGCUGACCUUGGAGAGCAGAUAGACAAUCUACAGAGAGUGAAGCAAAAGCUUGAAAAAGAGAAAAGUGAAUUUAGACUGGAGCUUGAUGAUGUGGUCUCCAACAUGGAGCACAUUGUCAAGGCCAAGGCAAAUUUGGAAAAAAUGUGUAGAACCCUGGAGGAUCAGAUGAGUGAAUUCAGAACCAAAGCUGAAGAAGGACAACGCACAAUCAAUGAUUUUUCAAUGCAGAAAGCCAAGCUUCAGACUGAAAAUGGUGAGCUUGCCAGGCAGCUAGAAGAGAAAGAUUCAUUGGUCUCUCAGCUAACUAGAGGGAAGCAGUCCUAUACUCAGCAGAUUGAAGACCUUAAGAGGCAACUGGAGGAGGAAGUCAAGGCUAAAAAUGCCUUAGCCCACGCAGUGCAGUCUGCUCGCCAUGAUGCUGACCUGCUAAGAGAGCAGUUUGAGGAGGAGCAGGAAGCCAAGGCUGAGCUACAGCGCAGUCUGUCCAAGGCGAAUUCUGAGGUGGCUCAGUGGAGGACCAAGUAUGAAACUGAUGCCAUCCAGAGGACAGAAGAACUGGAGGAUGCAAAGAAGAAACUUGCUCAGCGACUGCAAGAUGCAGAGGAAGCUGUGGAAGCCGUCAAUGCCAAAUGCUCUUCCCUGGAGAAAACCAAGCACAGACUCCAGAAUGAGAUUGAAGAUCUUAUGGUUGAUGUGGAAAGAUCCAAUGCUGCUGCUGCUGCUCUGGACAAGAAACAAAAAAACUUUGACAAGGUUUUAGCUGAGUGGAAACAAAAGUAUGAGGAGUCCCAAACUGAGCUAGAAGGCUCCCAGAAAGAAGCAAGAUGUCAAAGCACUGAACUUUUUAAACUGAAGAACUCCUAUGAAGAAUCUCUAGACCAUUUGGAGACCAUGAAAAGGGAGAACAAAAACCUCCAAGAGGAAAUUUCUGACCUCACUGAACAGCUUGGUGAGAGUAGGAAGAGCAUUCAUGAGCUGGAAAAAGCAAGAAAACAACUGGACCAGGAGAAGGCUGAGAUCCAAGCUGCUCUAGAGGAAGCUGAGGGUUCUCUUGAGCAUGAAGAAGGCAAAAUCCUUAGAGCUCAGCUUGAGUUCAAUCAAGUGAAGGCUGAUAUAGAGCGUAAACUGGCUGAGAAGGAUGAGGAAAUGGAGCAGGCCAAGAGAAACCAACAAAGAGUGGUGGACACCCUGCAAAGCUCUCUAGAGUCUGAGACUCGCAGCAGAAAUGAAGCCCUUAGACUGAAAAAGAAGAUGGAAGGAGACCUAAAUGAGAUGGAGAUCCAACUCAGCCAGGCUAACAGGCAGGCUGCAGAGGCCCAGAAGCAACUCAAGAGUCUCCAUGGACAUAUGAAAGAUUCUCAGCUGCAGCUGGAUGAUGCUCUCCGUGGUAAUGAUGACCUUAAAGAGAACAUUGCCAUUGUGGAGAGACGCAACAAUCUUCUGCAGGCUGAACUGGAUGAACUGAGGUCCCUGGUGGAGCAGACAGAGAGAGGCCGGAAACUGGCUGAGCAAGAACUGCUGGAUGUGACUGAAAGGGUUCAGCUAUUGCACUCUCAGAACACCAGCCUGUUAAACCAGAAGAAGAAACUAGAGGGAGACACUUCCCAGCUUCAGACAGAGGUUGAGGAGGCUCUUCAAGAGUGCAGAAAUGCUGAAGAAAAAGCCAAAAAAGCCAUCACUGAUGCUGCUAUGAUGGCAGAAGAGCUGAAGAAGGAGCAAGACACUAGUGCUCACCUGGAACGCAUGAAGAAGAACAUGGAGCAGACUAUAAAGGAUCUGCAGCACCGUCUGGAUGAGGCUGAGCAAAUUGCCAUGAAGGGUGGCAAGAAGCAGGUCCAGAAACUAGAGGCCAGGGUGAGAGAGCUUGAAAAUGAGGUGGAGCUGGAGCAGAGAAAGGCCAGUGACUCUGUGAAGGGUAUUCGUAAAUAUGAGAGACGCAUCAAGGAACUCACUUACCAGACUGAGGAGGACCGUAAGAAUCUCACACGUCUGCAAGACUUGGUAGACAAAUUGCAGCUGAAAGUCAAAUCUUACAAGAGAUCUGCAGAGGAAGCUGAGGAGCAGUCCAAUGCCAAUCUGGGCAAGUUCCGCAAGCUGCAGCAUGAGCUGGAUGAGGCAGAGGAGAGGGCUGAUAUUGCUGAGUCUCAAGUCAACAAACUGAGGGCCAAGAGUCGUGACACUGGCUCCAAGAAAGGACAUGAUGAAGAGUAA